GUGUAUUCACGUUUACCCAAACAAGCAACAUAAUUCCUUUUAGUAAAGAGAGAUUCAUUUAGCAUUUCAUUUUGAAAUUGAGCAGAAUCCUUAUCAACACAGAAUCCUUUUAUCUGUGGUGGGUUGUUGGAGAGAGAGAGAGAGAGAGAGAGAGAGAGUAAAUUAAUUCUAUCAAAAAGGAAAGUUGACUGUGAUUGUGAAGUCUUUUGCCAUUCAAUCAAGCUCCAAUUUGGUGAUUCCUAUAUUUAGCCAUACAUCUUCCUCACUCAACCAUCCCCAAAAGUCCUUCUGCUGUCUUUCCCUAUUUCGCACUUAAGGCUGUGUUUGGAAGAGAUGGUGAGGGGGAAGACUCAGAUGAGGAGAAUAGAGAACCCCACAAGCAGGCAAAUCACUUUCUCCAAACGGAGAAAUGGGAUUAUGAAAAAGGCAUUUGAGCUCUCCGUUCUUUGUGAUGCCGAGGUUGCCCUAAUCGUCUUCUCUCCUAGGGGAAAGCUCUAUGAAUUUUCCAGUUCAAGCGUGCUGCAGACGAUGAAGCGGUACCGGGAGUGCAAGAAAGAUGUUCCAGUUGAUCACUCAUUAGAGGGAAAAGACCCACAGUUAUUCAUUCUCAAAUGGCAGCACUUGAAGGAGGAUGUAGCAGAAACUGCAAAGAAGAUAGAGGCUGCUGAAGUUGCCAAACGUAAACUCUUGGGAGAAGGUCUAGGGUUAUGCACCAUUGAAGAACUGCAACAAAUUGAACAACAGUUAGAGUGGAGCGUGAGCAAAGUUCGGGCCAGAAAGGUUUUGAAGGAACAAGUUGAUCAAUUCAAAGAAAAGGAGAAAACCCUAGAAGCUGAAAAUGCCAUGCUGUGUGAGAAGUUAGGCAUAAGAGGACCAGGGGAAGAAGCAAGUGAAGAAAGAGAAAGGGUUGCAUCCACAAAAAUAAGUGAAUAUUCAUCAGAUGUUGAGACUGGAUUGUUCAUUGGAUCAGCACCAAUUAAGGAGCUAGGGAGAAUAUUCAAGCAUGCUCAGCCUCAGCCUCAGCCUCACAUGUGCGCGCAACUGAAUAUAUAAUUGAUUUUUAAUGACAUAUAUAGCUUGGGAAUAUUACUAUUUGAUGUGGCAGUACUGGAUGAUGGAUUGCCAAUCACCUUCAUUCUAUGUGGCACAUUAUAUUAUAGAUAGAUAACGUGUCAGUAGCAUUUGUAAUACCAUGCACGUCGCAUACGGAUCAUCGAAAUUUGAUCGAUCGAAAAAGAUGAGAAAAUGGGACGUCCGUAUUUUAUUUUAAAUAAGGAUGCCAUUACCUGAA